AUGGCCGCAACUAACAGUCUCAUCCAAAGCGCGUUCCAAGCCGCCAUGGACGAGUUCAAAACAAAUCUUGACAACGAUAAGCUCUACGCCGAGAUCCUCGCGGUUAAAUCAAUUGACGAAGUCUACGAUCUCACUGAUAAGCUGCAGGCAGAGCAAGGCAAGAAGGGACAACUUAGACAUCUUGCCAAGAUCGAACCGUUCCUGAACCGUCUCCGAGAGUACGCCGGUGUUAUUGAAGUCUUUUUGCAAGUACAGCCGGAUAUAAUGGCAUUGAUCUGGGGUCCGAUCAAGCUGCUCUUGCAGUGGAGCAGCGUUCUCACGCAGUCGUUUGAUGCGAUUGUUAGUGCUGCUGGAGAUAUCGGGCUGCUGUUGCCGGAGUUCCAGGAAGUUACGGUUCUAUUCUCGCAGAAUACCCGACUCUAUGACGUGCUGGUUCUGUUCUUUAAGGACAUCCUUGACUUUUACCAAGUUGGCUUGAAGUUCUUCUCCAUGGCCCGAUGGAAGUACUUCUUCGAAGCGCUCUGGCCGCGAAAGCGAGAUUACAUCAAUAUGGUGAAAACGCACAUCGAAAGACACACCCUACUGAUGCGGAACGAAGUACGUCUCGAGCAUAUCCGGGAGGAACAUGAGGCGCGGUUGAAGGCUCUGGAACACUUCAAAGCCACUGAGCGGUCUCAUCAAUUACAACAAUAUCACGCCAUAAAAACAGACUUUAACCCCAGGACAUACGGCGAUAAGCUUAAUUGGUACCGCGGUCGCGUUUGUAAGGGCACCGGGACUUGGUUGCUACGAGAAGACGCAUUCAAGAAGUGGACAGAUGUAGCGAACACUGGGCCACGCGUUCUCUGGAUACAGGGAAUACCUGGUGCUGGUUUGUACCUACCUAUAUCUGUUUUGGUUGUCGCUGACGGUGCUUCAGGAAAAACAUUCCUUGCAGGGACAGCGAUAGAUCAAGCUCAAGCUAUCGGCCUUACGGCUUUCGCUUUCUUAACGCACAAUUUGAUUAGCAGCACUUCGGCUCUCACUGUUUUACACUCCCUCAUGUUUCAACUCGCUGGGCAAAAUGAAGGGCUACAAGGCGUCAUCUGCCAUUCUGUCCAUGAGCACACCAAGAGCGACAUCAAGCUGACAACCGCCUUGCUCAAGUCACUUCUGAAUUGCGUUGGUCCUGUUUUUUUUAUUAUCGACGGUGUGGAUGAAAUAGACAUGGUCGAGCGUCGAAUCCUCCUGCAGCACCUUCUUGACUUGAGUCGGGACUGCACGGCGAUGAGGUUACUUAUCAGCAGCAGGCGGGAGGAUGACAUUGUGGCAAUGCUUGAAAGCAAUUCAGAAAGCGUUCGGGUCAAUGAACGCAACAAGGAAAGUAUUCAGGCAUAUGUGGAUGAUCAGGUGAAACAUUUGUUUGCAAGCAACGGAUUUCCCUCUGGAUUACGCGACAAAUUCACCCAGUCAAUGUCAGGACUGGCAACCCAAGCCAAGGGAAUGUUCCUAUAUGUGAGGAUCGUCCUCGACGGGAUUGAUAUGCUCAGUGAUGUCUCAGAGAUCCAUGACUAUAUGACCGUGCUGCCGCAAAGUCUGGACGAGGCGUACAAACGAGUCAUAACGAGAAUCAAGAAACUACGACAACCCCUGCGCGAUAAAGCCUGGAAGAUACUUGGAUGGGUAGGCUGCUCGCCGACACCCCUGACAUCCCAGGAACUUGCCCACGCCCUGGCAAUUCAACCCGAAAGCCUUGAACCCGCCCGGGCUACAUAUGUGGCCCCAAACCUCGGCAUGCUAUGCGGACCCAUUGUUGAGAUUGUUGAUGGAUAUGUGCAAUUUGUACAUUUCACUGUCAAGGAGUAUCUUUUCACUCCAGAUGAAGACAUUCCCGCCCAUAUUAGUCUAGCUGAUGCGACACUUGAUUUAGCCAACCGAUGCAUCACUUUACUUUGCCAACGCCACUACGAUCCUGGCGUGGUGGAUGAUGACGCCCAGUUUGCAAGCAUGAUGUUGAAUGGGUGUUACAAUUUGCAUUAUUUUGCCACCAAUCACUGGCUUGCACUCAUCGAAAACUACAUAGGUCUGGUUGGAAAUGUAAAUGUAUCGGAUCAGCUCCUGCACCACGUCAGACUUCUGAUGUGUGAGCGAGGCAAUCCCGGAUAUGCAGCGGAAAGGGAGGCGUUUGCUGAGCCGGCAUAUUUGCGGCUAUUCCAACAAAAUCAUCCCGAUAUCUACAAAUACCUCCUCAACUCAUCGCAAUUCCGGGAGAGGUGUUCCAAGAUUGGGUACCAUGUGGUCAAAGAUGACUCGUGGCGCGAUCUGGACCCGCUCGACGUUGUAAAUACGUCAACCAGGCUGCACAGAAAACUAACCAAUCUUAUCUGUCCUCGGAACUCACACAAAGCCAAUUGUUGCUGCAAUGCUGUCUACCAGUGCUUUGGCACCCGGCCUCUUAAGUGCGGCUUUUUGCUCUGCCCUUUCCAGCGUCAUGGUUUCGAGUCGAUUGCUGAACUAGCCCAACAUGAAAUGAGCCACAGUCGAGCAUGGAAAUGUGAGGUUUCCGGCUGCGAGUACGAAAAGACGGGCUUUCUCUCCGAAAACAUGAGAGGACAACACUUGCGAAAGGCCCACAGAGAUACCGCUCCCAACGCGAAUAUCGAGCAAGAGAACCUGACUGAGCCCGAAAUAGGACCAAUACUGAUCGACCUGAUCAAGAAAGACCAAGUUGCAACCGCUGAAGCUGUGCUCCAAGGUGUCAAACUCGACAAUAUGAGGCGGGAGGAUAACUAUCGGCUACGCUGGGCGUUAGGCAAAUUCGGUUCAAUAGCUAUGUUGGAGCUCUUUAACAUACCUCAGCCAGAGUUCGUGACUGAUAACCCUACAUUCCUUGAAGCCUGUGAGAGACGUGAUCCCGCCAUUAUUGAAUGGCUUCUCAAUCAUGGCUGUGGGCUGAUGCGUUGCAAUACACUUGCCAUGGCUGCCUUGAUUAGGAGCACCUCUCCUGAAAUUUAUACGUUGACCAGGCAAUCCAUCAAGAGCGAGUUGAGCCAGGGGAUCCACAAGACUAACUCUGGGAUCUACAUUAAGUCACUUUUAUGGGAUUGCUUUCACACUGAUCUAAUAGCGGCCUCUUCUAGGAUCACGGAAAGGGAAGAAUAUUUGAUUUCGCUCUGGGACACCUUCAGAUUGGACAUGAACUUUAAAUCAAGGCAAUACUCGCUUGCCCUAUCAAAUGUCGCAAGAACGACAUGCUCUAUUCCUCUGGGACAGGCCCUCCUCAAAUACGGGGCCCGUUUGGAGAAGGAGAACGAAGCUAUGGUCUCGCCACUGUGCUUUGCCACGCGAAAGUCUUCGGCCGAGAACGCCGAAUUCGUUAGGUUCCUCCUUUUCGCUGGUGCAAAUCCAGAUGCAACGGAUAGAGUCGACAGGAAGAGGAAGAGAAAGGAUACGAAGGCGUCAGAUGGAAUAUGCGCUCGCGAGAUGUCCCGUUGGCUUGGAGUUUCCUGGACUCAGUUGGUGGCGCAGGCAGCGGAAUACAGGAAGGGGUUGUGA